AUGAGUUGCGUGCCAUGGAAAGGUGACAAGACCAAAUCGGAAUCACCAGAGCCACCCCAGCUACCACCACUGCAUAUUUACCAUGAAAAGCAGCGUAGGGAGCUCUGUGCCCUCCAUGCCCUCAACAAUGUCUUCCAGGACAGCAACGCCUUCACUAGGGAAACCCUGCAGGAGAUUUUUCAGAGGCUGUCUCCCAACACCAUGGUGACACCUCACAAGAAGAGCAUGCUGGGAAACGGAAACUAUGAUGUGAACGUGAUCAUGGCAGCACUCCAGACCAAAGGCUAUGAGGCGGUUUGGUGGGAUAAGCGCAGGGAUGUUAACGUCAUUGCUCUGUCUAAUGUGAUGGGCUUCAUCAUGAAUUUGCCCUCCAGCCUUUGCUGGGGCCCCUUGAAGCUCCCCCUUAAGCGACAGCACUGGAUCUGCGUCCGGGAGGUAGGAGGCACGUACUACAACCUCGACUCCAAACUCAAGGUGCCCGAGUGGAUUGGAGGUGAAAGUGAGCUCAGGAAAUUUUUGAAACACCAGCUGAGAGGAAAGAACUGUGAACUCCUGCUGGUGGUGCCAGAGGAGGUGGAAGCACAUCAGAGCUGGAGAGCUGACGUGUGACCUGGACCGACUCUGUCCUUCCACUACAGCUCUUCCCUUGUACUGAACUCCCGAUGUCCUGAAACCUGGAUAAUGGGUGCCCCGACUCUUCUCGUCUGGAAUUUCCUUGUGUUAGGCUCUUCUCUUCCUUCCUUGGUGCAAUAGGGCAAUGGCAUAGGACAUUGGGGCUGGUGCAUGGGGAAGAAAUCGAGGGCAGAGUGGAGGAAACUGGAAGCCAAUCACUUUAAUCGCAGAGGCGGAUGAGCCGCGUGCCCUUGGGCUAGCUCGAAGGCAUUAUGCUCUUCAAAACCGGCCUUUGGGCCUAGGGCGUCUGGAAGCCUCUGGCCA